ACAGCAGCCUUGGAAGCCUGAAUGAAUCAAUCGAAUGUGAGAGAGAAAAAAAUGGAACACCUCGAGCUAGUGGAACGCGAGCUGCUGGAACAGUGCAGCCAGGUCGCUACUUUGGUGGAGUAUUUCGCGUGGCUGCAACGAUGCGACGAAUGCAUCAAACAGCUCGAGGAACUUGGUCCUUCUCGCGUUCAGUGUCCCCGAGUCACUGUUGGAAGUAGACAAUCUGUGGUAGCGAGAGUCGAGCGACUCGCGAGUGCAAAAAUUCAAUUAAAAAAACGUUUCGUGUACGCCGAUGGCGAGUACGCGAGCACCAGUAGAGACAACAGCUCUUUCGUUUGGCGAGAUAUUGAUACGGCGUUUGAAAGCCGUGUAUUGACUGGUGCGGUGGACUGUGUUAACCUGGACCACAUCGAGCCGCGACGAUUUUUGGAAGACGCUGGUGGUACAGUGCUCGAGCGAGUGCGAGAUGCUGUAAAAAAACACGGUAGUGUGAAAGUGAACACCGCGUUCAACGGCGAGUUUGUGACGGGUGCCAAACGCGCCAAUAAGAGCAUAAACACUGAAAAUAUUGAACUCUUUCGCGUGUCAAAUGUGCACGAGUGGUACGAGCGGCAGGUCGUCGAACCCACGUUGGCAUCGCUCGAAGAAGAAGCUCGCGACGGUGGCUGGGCGCUCUCGCGAAUUCUCAAUUUGACUUUAAACGUGAACAAAUAUAUUCCUUCACACGCGAGAUGUAAUUUCGAAGUGCCCCGGGAAAUUAUGUUGAAGAGAGCGGUGAUCAACGUACGAUCCAUGGACAAUGCGUGUUUCGCGUGGUCGGUGGUCGCGGCCUUGCAUCCGACCGAAGGACAUACAGAUCGGGAAUCCUCGUACCCACAUUACACGUCGGUCUUGAAUCUCCAAGACAUUACGUUUCCAGUGACGUUGAAUCAAAUUAAAAAUUUGAACAUCUGAACGACAUCUCCGUCAACGUCUACGGUACCGAGGGAAAGAAGAUUCUCCCGAUACUACUGACAAAUAAGAAGAUGGAGAAACACGUAAAUUUACUAUACGUGCAGGAUCCGCGCGAUGACAACGCGGGCCACUUCGCGUGCGUCAAAGACCUGCCCGGGCUCGUGAGCUCGCAACUGAAAAAAUACGGACGCAAGAAACACCUUUGCGAGCGAUGUCUACGCUUUUUUAGUUCGUCUAAAAAAUUGCAGUCGCACACAAUGGACUGCGAACAGAUGAACGACUACGCCAUCCGAUUGCCGAGCGAAAGCGACAAGUGGCUCGAAUUUAAGAACCACAUGAAUAAGGAACGACUUCCCUUCGUCGUAUACGCCGACUUGGAGAGCGUACUACGGCGGACGGAGUCGACGGGAGAGAAGGAAGACGCGUCGUACGCCUAUCAGCAGCACGAGAGGCUCGUGACGAUGUGUGGCUUGGCAGUGGUGGAGGCGAUUUCGGAGAGCCGUACGUCGAUGGGGAUGCGAU